GCCUCAGAAUGGCUCUAUGAUCCUCUACAACCGUAAAAAGGUGAAGUACAGGAAAGAUGGCUACUGCUGGAAGAAGAGGAAAGAUGGGAAGACCACCCGAGAGGAUCAUAUGAAGUUAAAAGUCCAGGGAGUUGAGUGUCUGUAUGGCUGCUACGUCCACUCCUCCAUCAUCCCCACCUUCCAUCGUAGAUGCUAUUGGCUGCUGCAGAACCCAGACAUUGUGCUGGUGCACUACCUGAAUGUACCGGCAGUGGACGACAGCGGGAAGCCAUGUGGUCCUGUCCUCUGCUCCAUCAACACAGACAGGAAGGAGUGGGCCAAGUGGAGCAAGGAGGAGCUCAUUGGUCAGCUGAAACCCAUGUGUGCUGGAAGCAGCCUMCAUCAAAAGUGUUCCAGCGUCAAGCAGCGGAUCAUCUCGUCCAAGCAGGAGUCAGGGGGAGCGGCAGCAGGAGGCGGGACGGCCAUAGGAACAGGUGUAGCAGCGGGCCAGAGAGCUGAGGAAGCAGAUGGCACAGAGGUCCAGAACAGCGAUGUGUCGGAGGGCCAGACUGAGCCCAAUCCUGGCGGGGGGAGGAGCAGAGCUGGRGGAGGAGAGAGGAGGAACGGCAGGAUACCCAAACCCUCCUUACUCCCGCAGAGCAGCAUGGAAGUGUCGUCUUCCACCUCCACCAAUCAGGUGGAGGUGCCCGACACCACCCAGAGCUCCCCGUUGUCAAUCGCAAGCGAUAUGGCUGACAGUCCUGCCCUCGCCAUCGGAGCCGGUUUAUCGCAGAGCACUGCYGUGUUUAUGUCCGAGGUCACCACGCUGACCGGGGAUUCGGUGUACUCCGCUGGCCACACKCACCUGCUGGCGUCCUCCCACGAGAGUACCACAACUGGUAUUCUGCUAGCUGUCGCCCCUGACAGCCAGAGGUUUGCAUCGUUUCCUGGAGGGGUYGGCCUGGGGGAGGGGGGGGAGUUGGUCCUCUCCAGUUCUCUGGACUCUGGCGUUGGUGUCAGCCUUCCUGAGACCACCAUGACCUUUGACCCCGAUUGCUUUCUCAACAACCCCAAGCAGGGCCAGACGUACGGAGGAGGUGGGAAGACGGAGGGCUGUAACAGUGAUGACGGAGGGCUGCACUGCCCCUCCAACGGCUUUGCUUACAAUCCAAGUCUGGUCAAUAACAUCAAGACAGAAGCUGCACCCCUGGAGCAGCCGCUGUCCAGCCAGAGRGGCUACGUGGGAGAAGGAGCUGGCCUCAGCCCCAGCACCACCCUGGAACAGAUGGACUUCAGUGCUGUCAUGUCAUCCACCUGCGUCCCGAGUCUGAGCCAGCCCGCGCACCACCCUUCACCCAGCAUCUUCCUCCAGGCCUCCCCCCAGACCAGCCAGCCCUCUCAGCUGCAGACCAACGGCACCAAGGCAACCCAGGAACCUGGCGAGGCGCGGGCCUACAUGAGCCUCCCCCCGGUGGCAGCCGACCCUCCUGUCACCAAUGGAGACGCACACGCACACCUCCACCAAGCCAGCGCAGACCAGCAGGCUCUGUGCGCAAGGAACGGACAGGCAGCAGCAGUGGGCUCCUUCCCCCUGACGACGCGGGACGCACCCAUCGAACAGCCGAGCAGCAGGGGMCACCAGGAGGUGGGAGCGUUGGAAAAACCCACCGAGAACGGAGAGGAGUUGCUCCUCAAGGCUGGAGAUCCUCAUGAGGCCUAUGUGAGUGUUGAUGCCAAGCAUUACCUCCAGCCCACAGAUGACAGCGGAGGAGGAGACGAGGGUGGAGGAGGAGGAGGUGGAYGAGGAGCAGCAGAGAAUGAAAUUAUAUGUAAUGGUGUGAGCUUGUCUGGGGCCAGCAGUUCAGUGGGGGGCAGCCCUCAGUCAAUAGCCACAGGGGCAAACAUCGAAGGGGCACUCUACAGCUCUCCGCUCCCUCAGCAAAAUGGAGUGGUGGCCGCCACAUCAGCUGGGGCKGGAGCCGCCAUCAGCCUGGAGGGGUUCGAGGCUUCAUUUGGAAGCCAGUUCUCAGAUCUCAUCAAUGAUUUCAUCUCAGUGGAGGGGUCUGGGGGCGGGGUGGGGGCAGCGGUCUCUGGUGUUUUAAUGCCGCAGGAGGGGGCAGCAGGAGAGGAUCAGGGUUCGGGAGCGGGCCACUUGCAGGGCUCGGAGGUGGAGCAGGGAGCACUGGGACUGCUCCAGGAGACUGGCAGACUGUUCGGUGUGACAGACUACUCCCCGGAGUGGUCCUAUCCAGAGGGCGGAGUGAAGGUGCUGAUCACAGGUCCGUGGUUGGAGUCGAGUAGUGAAUACAGCUGUCUGUUCGACCACAUCAGUGUCCCUGCUGCUCUGAUCCAGCCCGGGGUGCUGCGCUGCUACUGCCCAGCCCACGACACAGGACUAGUGAUGCUACAYGUGGCCAUGGGUGGUGAGGUCAUCUCUUCUUCUGUUGUAUUUGAGUACAAGGCACGCGACCUUCCYGCUCUGCCAUCUUCCCAGCAUGACUGGCUGUCUUUGGAUGACACCCAGUUCAGGAUGUCUAUCUUGGAGCGUUUGGAGCAGAUGGAGCAGAGGAUGGCUGAAAUAACCAAUCAGAACCCUGGCUCAGAAGCCAUGGCAACCAAGGGCGGAGGAGUGGAGGGGGGAGGAGCCACUGAGCAGCGGUCUCAAUUGUCUCCCGAUCAUGGCACCUUUGAGGGUCGCGUGGUGGUGGUGUGUGAGAAGAUGAUGUCUCAGCCGUGUUGGGCUUCUUCUAAUCAGCUCGUCCACAGCAAGAACUCCAGAGGAAUGACUCUGCUGCAUCUGGCUGCCGCUCAGGGUUACGCAGGACUCAUUCAGACACUCAUUCGCUGGCGCACAAAGCAUGCCGACAGUAUUGACCUUGAGCUGGAAGUAGAUCCUCUCAACGUCGACCAUUUUUCCUGCACGCCACUUAUGUGGGCUUGUGCUCUGGGUCAUACCGAGGCAGCGCUGAUCCUUUACCAGUGGGACCCAAGAGCUCUCGCCAUUCCUGAUUCCCUGGGUCGUCUGCCGUUGAACAUCGCCCGAUCCCGCGGCCACACUCGACUGGCUGAGCUCCUGGAGCAGCUGCAACACAGUCCUCAAACUCAGGGCCAGCCUGCGUACAGCUGGGUGGAUAGAUGGAGAGGAGGCUCACACACGGGUGGAAUAAGCAACAACCCUACCACUAAUUCAAACUCAGAGCUGAGGAGAAACAGACCAGAGAGCCAAAAGGACAACCAGAACCAGAGCUGGAGCCAAACUGRACAAAGACCCCCACCAGGAACCCAGGGGGAGCAGGGAGGUCCCCCUCCAGCCAAGAGACUCAAAUCCAACCCUGCAAGCCAACAACAGCUCGCUAACUCAAACCCUGGAACCAACCCCGUCGGCUCUCACCCCAGUCCUCAAUGUCCCACCCUGCUCAAACCCUCACAAACUCAACCCUCAAACCUCAGCUGUCCAAAUGCACCUCUUCCCAGCUCCAACCGGCCUCAGCUCCCCAGUGCCCCAUUCUCCCACCUGCAGGCCAGGAUAGGGGAGGCCGAAGGAGGCAACAGGUGGAGUCUGAGRCAGACUCUUGGGCAACACAGUUUGGCUCGAAGGAUUCAAGGAAAAGAGCGACUGGCCAUUCACCUGCGCCAAAGAGUGCUGUCUGACAGGGGAGAGGAGACGGAGCUGCUCACCUACCAGGACAACACCGAGGACUUACAAGUGGACAUUACAAUGCUUGCUGAUAACUUCAUGGAUGCUCCGAGUGAUCGGCUUAAGCUGGCUGUGGACACUGAGUCAGAUGUUAUUAAGGUUGGGCUGAGCAGUGAUGUAAAGUCUCUGUCAGGUUACCUUGAUGAGGUAGAGAGGUUUCUAAAGUCCAAGCCCCAGACUCCCAGCCCCAAACCAAAUUCACUCUCAGGGCUGGAAGAUCAGCAAAGUCCUCGUGCUAACCAAGCCCCGUCCUCYCCCUUUGAUUGGAGCUCCGUCCUAUGUGCAGCAAUGAAACAGGAGAGGUUAAGAACAAACUCCUCCUGCCUCGCCAUGACUGAGUCAGAGCAGCAGGAGCUGUAUGAAACCAUCAAGCAYGCGCUGCACUCGCUCAGAAAACACAAAGGUCCCAUUCAGGAACAACACAAAGAGAUCGCAGCAGUGAUUCAACGCUGCUAUAAGAGAUACAAGCAGCAGCCUCCUAACUAAAAAACAAAACCAGGCUGCUCGCAAGAUCUUGAGGUUCCUGCUCCGCUGCCGCCACAGCCCCUUGAUGGACCACAGGCCUCUGAAACAGGGCCAGAGAGCAGAGAAAGGCCAGGGGUCGUGAGAGCCCAUCAUCAGGCCCCGCCCACAGCCCCCUCAGCCUGUGAGCGAUCUAUACCUACCCUGUUCCCAUCUCCUCAACCCUCACUCUCUUUUCCAUUUCCCGGCCCCUCCUCCUUUCCUCUUCUUUCCUCCUCGCCCCUCUCUCCCUUGCCCUGCCCUCUUCUCUCAAGAGAGGAGAAAAAAAAACUCUUCCCAGACUGAGGACAGGAUAGGAGUCCAUCAUGGCAGCUCAGACAGACAGACUGCUGGGCAGAGCCGAGGAACCUGGCUCUGCCCACAGCACUGAUCCUCCUCCACAGUUUAACUGGGAGGCCAUCACAUUAACCUCAUGGCAUUCUUUGCACUCUUCAUGGGUAUGUUUCUUUGCAAGAGCAAGUCGACGAGUCAGACAAGUUUAAAAAAAAAAUAAUAAUAAUAAUAAAAUGGAGGAAGUGCCUGAAGACGGCGUCCUGCUGUUCAAAACAGCAGCUGGGUGUGCKGAACGACUCCGACGAGGAACAGCCGGCUCGAGAGAAAAGCUACUUUGACAUGCAGAAAAUAUACAAUACCUGGCGUGUUUUGUAUCCAAACAGAGAUCUGUGAAAGAAAAAGAAAAACAUAAACCAAAAAACUCACUUCUAUGUUGCAUUUGCAUGCAAGGUUUUUUCCGCUUAUUCCUCCUCUCCAUCAUCCUGCAAAGCUAUAGAGGCAACUCAUUCUGCUGAUUCAGUAUUUCACGAUAUCACCAAGCACUCUGAUCCACAGGCUUACAAACCUAUUUGUCACCCAAUCAAAAAAAAAGUGGGGGGRGGAACUGCACUUGAAUGUAAGAGGAGGAUUGUUAGAUAAGGGGAAGUGGUCUGAAAAACGAUGUCUUAAUUUGCUACAUGGACUUUGUAUGAAGUCGUUCUUAAGGGCAGCAUUUUUGCUCGCCUGACGUGGUGUGUCCGUGUUUGUUCAAUUCGAUGCAUGUGUUUGAGCUAAGAGCUCCUGCAUGCUUGCCAAACUGCUUUAAUGUUGUUUCUUUUUUGUAUUUCUAUGUGUAAUUGUGUCUCAUGUCUUCAUCGACCUAUCCUUGCCCUGUGUAAUGUGAACUGUGUAAGGACAAAUGACUUCUUUUGGGUGCUUUACUUAUUUAUUUAAUUAUUUAUUUAAGGGUCUAAUUCUUUCUUUAACUGGCUCAAGAGUGGUUUAGCUUGAGACUGGUUUCCCACCCCCUCCCCUCUUCCCGUGUGAUAAAAAAAAAAUACGACAUGUUCCAAGGGUUAAAUGUCUCUGUUAGUUUGUUCUGCGUGAACCUCCAAAUCUUAGGAGUGAGUCACAAACCAUUGCCUUGACUUCUUCUUGACUCUGAGAGGUCUCUAUGCUUGCUCUGUACAGGACACGGGUCCUACACCUGCCCCAUAUGAAGGGCACUGGUCCCCAUAUGAGCCCAAACGGGCGAUCAAAUCCAUAUUUUGGACUAUUGCAUAUUUCUGUAYAUAAAUUGACGAGGUAAGGGGAUACAAGGACCCUGAAACUUUUUUCAUAAGAGGACUGUAUUUAAGAUUAUAAAUUAUUUUACUCCCAUAAUGAGAACUUUAGACAGAGACCUGGAGACAGGACGGCUGUACUGCUUGUAAAUACUGUAGAUAUUACAAACGGAGUGACGUGCAUGAGAUUUAAGACAAAGAAACGACUAAAAGAACACGGUAGUGGCUACGGACUGUGAGAGGAUUUUAACUGCUUCACUUUAAAAAAUAUCCAGCAUUAAGUGUUACUGAAAAGAACAUUUUGUUAAAGCAUGCAAAACGAAAACUCUAACGUUAGACUUAUAAGUGGGAAAACAAAGUAAGCUGAAACCAUGAUUUUUUUUUCAGAAUAAACAUUUAAACUUUGUGCUUUUGUUUCAUGGCUAGCGAAAAUUAAACCCUUUUUGCCAGUAGUGCCAAUAAAUAUGAAUGCUGUUUUUGCCUAACAACACGGUAUGUUACGUUUGGGGGGGAAAAACAACCCUCCCACCAAAAGUUAGUAAGAUCCACAGAGGCACAGAUGUUUAAACAGUAGAAGAGAUCUAGUGCUAGUUUGGGCGUAGACCUGCAGGUUCUGAAAUUUGUUCGAGGCAGACUAAAUCACAGAUGAUGGUUUUAAUGCACAUAUUUUUMAAAUAAUGGCACUGCUAGUAACGACGACAGGGGAGUUUAAAUGUGAAUGCAUAAGAAAAAAAAGAGGGUGCUUCAUCCUUUACAAUGUGGUUGUGUUUCAGCAACAUCCUCGCUUUUAUUAGGUCCAUCAAUCAGACGUACAACAGAUCCAGCCUGGCCUCCAGUCAAAGCUUUCCACCUUCAAACAGAAUGUCUCCUACCCACUAUUUAUUUAUUUAUUUUGUUGUUUGUUUGUUUGUUUUUUUCAAUUCAUUGUCACUGCCAUAAAUAUAUGAUAUGUAUUUUAGACAUCUGGAAAGCUGUUUAGAAAGUGCCUGCUCAACAACAGAAAACUAAUAUCAGGAAAUCACUACUGUAUAUUCUCCAAGGCGUUCCCAGUUAUUUGUUUAUUUUCCUAAAUUAUAUGUUCGAAAUUAACUUGACAGUGUUGAACUUGAGCUAAUUCUAUGUUUGAAGCUCUAAUUUGUCUGGUAUGAAUGAUUGCUCUUGGCCUAAUUGAUGCUUAUGUGUUGYUUUAUUUGACAAAACAACAAAACGACAGUAUCACUGUACGCACCACCUUUGUGUGUAUUUUGCAGUAUUAGAGGAAGAAACCCAUUGAAUUCUGCUUCGGUGUAUGAGAGGCACUGUCACGAGUCUAUUCACAGCAUCACUGUUGGGAGGACAAUGUGUUUUGCCUCUCGCUUGGUUUUUUUUUGUUUCUCCGGAAUGAAAAUGACAGCAUAUCUCAGCAGACUAAAUAACUUUGAUAAACAUUUUAUUUCUCUUGUCUUUUUCAGUGACCCACACAGAUGUGCUCGCACGUGUAAACCCACGCAUACAGUGUCGAACACAAAUGUACAUAGUCUGGCACACGAGCGCUUGCCACACUCUUUUUGCUCGUGUGUGUGUGUGUUUUUUUUUUUUUUUUUUUUUUUUUUUUUUGUGAAACACGAUGAAAUAUCUCCCUUAGAUUUUACUCAGGGCUGAAGAACAGGGAGAGACGGUAUGUGGUGUGUGAGAAACUGCUGGCACAUCUGGUGGCUGUGUACAUUUGGGUAUAUGUAUGUAUGUGCAAACAGUUAGAAAUUGUACAGCUCAUUUAUUAUUAAGCACCUGCAGCUUUUAAUGUGUUUGUGUUUGACACUAACCUUCUUAAAACCUUCUGUUUUAUUUAGUAAAGCAACAAAUCUGGUGCAGGAAAACCCAGCCAGGACAUAAAAGAAAAAGAAAAUGCCUCCAAGUUGUUUAGUUCAUGGAUUCAAAACAAUUCUCUGAAAACAUACAAAAUCCUUAAAAGUAUAGUUCAGAUCUUUCAAAGCAGAGUUCUGUGGCUAGGUUAUGAACAGUUAAUAUCUUACCUGUUUUAGAUAGCUCUUUGAACUGCAGUUUGUGUGAAUAAAGCGUAAUUCUGGCAGGAUCCAAUCUCAUAAACCUUUAUGUUUCUAUUAAAUAUUUAAAAGCAAGCACAAAUAGCAGUGGCAGAUAGCUGUAGCACUUCUGGUGCAGCCUGGGGGCACUUUAGGCAUGAAUGUUUUAAUAUUUCUGCUGAAAAGGUAAAGGUUUAUUAAAUAGCAAUUUUAUGAAAUUUUAGAGAUGAGUUGUUUAAAAGCGACAACACUCCACCAUGAUCUUAGCCAUUAGCUCAUCUGAUCACAUUUAAGCUCUUUCUCCACAGAACCCCACUUUAAAUGAUCUGAAAUAUUACUUUAUAUUGGGUAUUAAAAUGAUUAGUAUUGUAGUUAGGUAGUUUUAAUAAUUUAAAAGUACACGGCAAUCCUUUAUCAUCAUGAAGGAUUGGAUUGAAACAUUAUGCCCUUUAUGUUUCCUGGAUAUUAAACAGAUUAAAACUUCCCGUCCUUCCUCAGAUUUCAGCUAAAGUAAAUAUUACUUUUUCUGAACACCUUUAUAUACAAAAUGUUCACAAACAGGCACACGGACAUCUAAAUGUUCAUCAACAUAUACAGUGCACACAAUACAAUACACACAAAGUACUAACUCACAUCGCAGACAGUUCAUCUAUAAGUUUGUGUUUUUAGAGAGGGUGAUUAUUGUGAAAAGAGAGUGUUUGUUCCGAUGAAAAAAAAAGUAAGAAAUGUUGCCAUAUAACAGGUGCACAGAGAUGACCUCUGUUCUUCUGAGUCCGCCUAGAAAUGAAACGUAGAACCUUUCAGGCCUUGUUUCAAGAGGGCGUGGCCAAACACCACAUUGCAUGCUAGAAUGGUAGACCCUUAUAGAUAUUCUAUGGCUAGACCUCUCCUUGCCUUCCUCCACUUUCACCCUCUGUCUUUCUCUCUCUCUCUCUCUCUCUCUCUCUCUCUCUCUCUCUCUCUCUCUCACAUAUCUCCUGCUGUAUCACCACCCUGCCUGCCGUUGUGUUCUCCAUGCCUAUCUCAGCCGCUCAUUCCUCUCUUUUAGUUUCCUUUCUUUGUAGCCUAGUUUUUAAUCUUUCUUUGUUUUACAAACAUGCAUGCACAAGCAUCACUAACUUGUUGAUGUUUUUAAAAGAAUAUUUUGUUGCUGAGGCCAUGCAAAGUGUUUUGAAUAUUGCCCUUAUAUGUGGAAUAUGUCUUCUGAAUGCUUUACAUAAUUUCUGCUGUAAAAUGAAAUCAGAAUAAAAAGAAAAUUUGCACUUUA